AUGAAUAAAGAUGAUUUUCCAUUUACGUCGGAUGAAGACUUUUUGCUGCUUCAAUCAUACGUGAGGCAUCCAGGAGAAUUCAAUAAAAUUGCUGAGUCUUUUUCUGGUAGAAGAACAGCUGAUAGACUUCAAAAAAGGUGGGAAGAACUGAAUGAAAACAUGUUACCCGAUCAACUCGAUGUUUUUGAUCAUUUCAAGAAAGCGGAAAAUCAAUACAAACCAGAAAAAUAUUACUAUGGUCAAGAAUAUGAAUAUGAGACUCCAAAUAUCGAAGAUAUACUAAGCUGCUACAAUGAUGUACCAUCAUUGGCCCAAAAAACAGAAGGUUUUGAGAUAAAUUAUUCGUCUAAUCCCGAAGAUGAAUGUUCUGAUCUUAAUGAACAUACUCUAGGAACAUAUUUCGAUGCAAAAUCUGUUUUAGAUAUAAUAACAAGGAGUUUGCAAGAAACAAUUUCCGAUGAUCAUGUCAGGGAAAUGCUAUUAAGAGAUUAUAGAUUAACUCUUUACAUUGAGGGGCAAAAGUUAGCAGUCCAUGAUCUUACGAGAAGGAUUACAUUUAUUAACGAUAAACUUCAGCCAGAAGUUGCCGAAAAAGAAUGCCAGCACAUUUUGGCUUUUUAUAACAAAGUAAUGAAUUUUGUAAAGCAUAAAGCGGCUAGUUACUGUCAACACUCUAAUAUGAGGAUGACUCCAAGUGGUCUUCUUCUCGAUUUAGCCCAAAUUUUAUCUUAUAUGAGCAGAGUACAUUGGCCAACACAAAACUUCAAACCAUACGUAUACAAAUUAAAACAAGAAUGCGAUAUCGCUUACAUUUCUACAUGUGCUGCAAUUCUGAACUAUUUAGAGCCGGCAGGUCUUCAGAAAUACGAUAGAUUCAUCGACGCGGUCAUUAUGUACGAUCCAGAAGAAAAACUCGAUGGACAACUUUUGGCACUUCCUCAGACUUAUGUACGACAGAGAAGAUACCAGAUGAAGCAAAAUAUCCAACAGAUGCCUCAAUUUUCACCACAGUAA